AUUGCGCAACUUAUUUGUACAAAAUCUUAUUUGUACAGUGACCUCCCCUUAUGAUUAAAAAUGUUUCAAUAAAUUAUAUUAUCAAAAAUGUACUUAUCAAAAUUCAACGUCAUCACGGUUGUCUACCGAUAUCAGUUGAUGUGAGGUUUCAAAAGGAAAAUCAAAAGCAGUGCGCUUUAGAAGGCAGUGAGAAACGGCAGGUCAAUUCAUUUCCGUCAAAUUGUAAUCGAAAAACUGUGACAAUGGCAUUAAGAGAUACCAAAACUGCAAAAAGAGUGUGUGUUGUGGGAAGUGGCAACUGGGGUUCUACAAUUGCAAAAAUCGUCGGUUUCAAUGCUCAAAGACAUGCCCAUAUUGACGACAAAGUUACCAUGUACGUUUAUGAAGAAAUUAUAAACGGCAAAAAAUUGACUGAAAUCAUCAACGAGACUCAUGAAAACGUUAAAUAUUUACCCGGCCACAAGUUACCAAAUAAUGUGGUUGCUGUUCCAGAUGUAGUAGAAGCAGCCAGAGAUGCAGAUAUUUUGAUUUUUGUAGUACCCCAUCAGUUUAUUCGUACAUUAGCUGCUGUAUUAUUGGGAAAUAUAAAACCAAACGCAGUCGGAUUAUCGCUUAUAAAAGGUUUCGAUGUAGCGAAAGGCGGUGGUAUAGAUCUAAUUUCUCACAUCAUAACCCGCCAUUUAAAAAUACCGUGCUCCGUUCUUAUGGGAGCGAAUUUAGCCAACGAAGUAGCCGAUGAAAAAUUCUGCGAAACGACGAUCGGGUGCAAGGACAUCAGCUUAGGGCCGCUUUUGAAAGACAUCUGCGAAACUGACUAUUUCAGAGUUACCGUCGUCGAUGAUACUGAUAGCGUCGAAGUGUGCGGUGCUCUUAAGAAUAUUGUGGCCUGUGGCGCUGGCUUCGUAGACGGUCUAGGCUUAGGGGACAAUACCAAAGCGGCCGUCAUCCGAUUGGGUCUCAUGGAAAUGGUAAAAUUCGUCGACGUAUUCUACCCUGGAGGCAAACUGUCGACGUUCUUCGAAAGUUGCGGCGUUGCCGAUUUGGUAACCACCUGUUACGGCGGCAGAAACAGGAAAGUCAGUGAAGCUUUCAUAAAAACGGGCAAAACGAUCAAAGAGUUGGAAGAAGAAAUGCUCAACGGCCAGAAGCUGCAAGGACCUUUCACCGCUGAAGAGGUUAAUUAUAUGUUGAAGAAUAAGAACAUGGAGAACGAUUUCCCAUUAUUCACAGCGAUUCAUAAAAUAUGCACAGGUCAAAUCCCUUACACAGAAUUCAUCAACUGUAUCAGAGUUCAUCCUGAGCACAUGAACCCUAAGUUUGAUGUGAUUGACCCAAGCAAGCUUCAUCAUCGUCACAGUAAACUCUAACAAAUUUAGGAUCAUCAUUAUUAACUUUUUUAUAUUGGGUUUUUGCAUGUUUUUUUUCCUAAUUUUAGAUUUUAAGAAUGGUGUUAUCUUUUAUAUUCCAAACAAGAAUUAUCUAUCU